UAGAAGCGGUUGAAAGCUUAGAAGAAACUAUGAAAGAUGAAAUCAAACGGAACUCUACUAAGCCCCAACCCCAGCAGUACCAAGUAUACGAGGAUGUCAAGGAGAGUUUCGUGCCUGAACAUCCCAUAAGAGGCGAUGAGUACGUUAUUGAUUCUGGCAAAGUUCCUAACAGCUUUAUGUUACCGCCGAGUCAGAAGCCGCAGACGCUACAUGCAGUGAUGCGCCCUAAUUCUCCCAAUAAGCCACCGGGAAAUUUACGACCACCUUUCAAAAGACCAACACCUCCUGAGAUCAAAUUGAGGAGACCGUAUCCUGCUUAUCAAAAGAGCAAUACGGGCUAUCCUUUAUCAAUGCCUCAUCCGCAUAUUAAUCACGGCAUGCCUAAAAAACAGAAUAAGUACUCUAACAAUCAAUAUCGACCACCUAUGAACGGAAAUAGACCUGCCCAGCUACCCCCCAAUAUUCCGCCCAUGAAAGCGAUGCCACCGUUGCAUGGACCGCCCAAAAAUAUAUUCCAUCAACUAUCUAAAAAUGUACCUAAAGCCGCUAACAAUGUUGGACAACCAAUUAUUUUAGGCAAGCCAGGUCCAGGUGUAUCUUUUCCAACUCAAAGCCAAACUUUAAGUUUAGGCCACACUGAUUUAAUUGCUAAUCAAGUAGUUAAAAGCCAAAUAACGCUACCGGGCCCGAAUGAUGCAGUUGCACAGCAAAGUGCACCUCAACAGUAUUUCAGUAAACCCGGACAAAUAAUACUUGGAAAACCAAUGGAUAAUCCAUUACCUUUGGAGCAACAUAUACCUCAAAUGAAACCACACAUUGUACAAGCAUCCAAUGACAUUCCAGAGUAUCAUUCGCUUCCAACAACACAAGUCAAAAUUGCUGAACAACCUCAAGCACAAAAUGAAAUUAAAUCUUCAGACUUUAUUGGACAAUCGGCGGAUCCUUCAAAUUUCCCCCCAGCUGUUAACACAGGCUUCAAGCCCGAUUCUAUUGUGAUUGAAAGCGGUUUUAAGCCUAUUAUCAGAGAACCUCUGAUGGCAAGCGAAGAUAAAAUAGCAGAAUACGAAGGUAACACAGCUAAUAGAAGAGAGGAUACAGAUGUAGAAGAAGAUUAUGAAGAAGCUCCACAAUAUAUUAACACAAACCAUGCAUAUCCAAGCGAUAAAAUUACAGAAAGUUUUGAGCCUAUGUUCAUACCUUCUCCACCUGAUCAUUUAUUGUCAAAUAAAGACAAAACAAAGGAAGUGUUUCCGCGAAAUCAUGCUAAAGAAGAUAGACCUCACCCAGUUUACGUAAAAACAGAGUCUGAACUCAACGCAUUAUUUAGCAAGAAAAAUAUGGAAAGAGAUGUUCCAUCUGAUUUAGAAAUGGAAUCAAAUAGACCCAGACCAAGUUAUUUACCACCAGACCCAAAACUACCAAAAGAACACUCUCAAAAGCUAUCCUUCAGUGAUCAAACGUUCACCACCUACGAUGGAAAAACAGUUUCUGCCGCGACACUAACAAGUGUACCAGAAAUUGCAAAAAUGAACACAAAACUGUUUUCUGCAAAAUUACCUGCAAAUAGCGAACUUAUUUUAAAAACGCCACAAUUCGGUCCUUUCAUGGGUGAAAUACCACCUCAAGUUAUGGAACAUUUAAAGAAAGAUAACAAUGGCGCUUCUCCUUCUUUUAAAGAAUCAAAAACGACCCACCUCAAAUUAGUAAAUCCUUUAAACAGAUAUGAUGAACUUGAAACCGAUUUAAAAGCUGAGGGAAGCGAAAUGCAAGAAACGGUGGAUAAAAACAGUAACCCCGCUAAAAAUGAAGACGACGACUUGGAAGACUAUGAAGACUUAGACACGGCUGAACAUCAACAUAGACGAAAAAGAGACACAAAAGCAGCGCAGUUUGAAAGAGGAGAAGUCGAAGAACAAAGACCAAUAACCGAGUAUGGUGGUGACAAUAACAAAAUACAUCAAAUGGAUUACGAUUAUCAGCUUGUAAAAGCCUCUGCAUCGAAAGCGAUAGAAAGCUGGGCCGUGCAAAUCAUAUUAUUAAUGCUCUGGUAUAGAAUCUGUUAAGGAUUUAAUAUGUAAUAUUUAUUUAUUUAUUGGAUUAAAUUAUUGGCUUGCCAUCAAAUGCAUUUCAUCGAUGUAAGGCUGUGGUGUCCGUGACAACUCGCGCCUUCGAGCAGCUAGCUCCUUGACAUUUCCCACUUCUGUUACCAUUCUUCGCAAUUGCAAUUCAAUACUCUCUUAGAAUUAGUUUUUGUAAAUAUUUUCUACUUAAUUAUUUUAAAUAAUAAAUUAGAUUUUAAUUAUA